AAUGACGUGACCGGUAAAAAAGUAACUAUAAAAACUGGAUACGGCUAAGAGGCCUGUUUCAGUUUAGGAGUCAAAACAGAAUAGACGCGACUCUUGACGAUCCUCCUCCGGCACUUCUCCCGCCGUGAAACUCUUUUCAACUAUCAGUCUUCUCCGUAUUAUCCCCGGCGGUAGAGUUUGUGCUCGCGUUGCUAGCUCGUUCGAAGCAACUUUCAGUUUACCCUCUACCAAACGUUUCGAGAAUGGGCUGCAUCGGAUCUUCUCAGGCCAGAAACGAAGACGGAGCAAGACGCAAGAAAAUCAAGAAACCUAAACCGUGGGCGCAUACCGAGCCAAUCACAAGAGCACAGCUUACGAACAUGCGUGAGGAGUUUUGGGACACUUCUCCACACUAUGGUGGUCAAAGAGAGAUUUGGGAUGCGCUUCGAGCUGCUGCUGAAGCUGAACUGAUACUAGCGCAGACAAUUAUUGACAGUGCAGGCAUCAUUGUUCAAAACUGUGAUCUAACAUUGUGUUGGGAUGAAAGAGGUGCUAGAUACGAGCUUCCUAGGUAUGUUCUAAGUGAGCCCACCAAUCUGAUCCCGGAGCAGGGACAGUGACCUCUAUGAACGUUGACACAAUGACACAGAGACCCAAGCUUAGUAAGUAGUAUCAGUAUAAGAAGCAAUACAAGACUAGAUAUAAUCUGAAGCAAGUCACGCCUUUGUUUUGGGUCAAUCUGAAGCAAGUCACGCCUUUUUUUACCUUUUUACUAUAUGUACAGCCAGGAUUUCUUCUGAAUCUUUUUGGGUCAAAAUGAUCUAUUGAAACAUUACUAUUGAGACAGCUUAUACGCACUUUU